CUUAGACAGACCAUGACAAAGUUCUGUCAAGAGCAUUUGGCUCCAAAGGCCCAACAGAUUGACCAGGAAAAUGAAUUCAAAGGCAUGCGGGAGUUUUGGAAGAAACUUGGGGAACUGGGAGUUCUGGGGAUCACAGCUCCAGUGGAAUAUGGUGGAUCUGCUUUGGGGUAUCUGGACCAUGUGCUGGUGAUGGAGGAAAUUUCUCGUGCAUCAGCAGCUGUUGGGCUUAGUUACGGUGCCCACUCAAACCUUUGCAUCAACCAGCUAGUGCGUAACGGCAAUGAGGCCCAGAAAAACAAGUACUUGCCCAAGCUAAUCAGUGGGGAGCACAUAGGAGCCUUAGCAAUGAGCGAACCCAAUGCUGGAUCCGAUGUUGUGUCCAUGAAGCUGAAAGCAGAUAAGAAAGGAGACUACUUUGUUUUGAAUGGGAACAAAUUUUGGAUCACCAAUGGGCCAGACGCAGAUGUUCUCAUCGUUUAUGCUAAAACUGACAUUAAUGCUGUUCCAGCCUCCCGAGGUAUAACUGCGUUCAUUGUGGAGAGGGGGAUGCCAGGUUUCAGCACAGCCCAGAAGCUCGAUAAGCUGGGAAUGAGAGGGUCUAAUACCUGUGAACUGAUCUUUGAAAACUGCAAGAUCCCUGCUGAAAAUGUCUUGGGGACGCUGAGCAAAGGAGUCUACGUUCUGAUGAGUGGAUUGGACCUGGAGAGACUCGUGCUGUCUGGUGGGCCACUGGGGCUCAUGCAAGCUGUUCUUGACCAUGCAAUUCCAUACCUACAUGUAAGAGAAGCAUUUGGACAGAAAAUUGGCCACUUUCAGCUCAUGCAGGGCAAAAUGGCUGAUAUGUACACGCGGCUGAUGGCGUGUCGGCAGUACGUCUACAACGUGGCAAAGGCCUGUGACCAGGGCCACUUCAAUGCAAAG